CCGUAGAGGCGGUUAGCGACUGUUAAACGUUUGCCUCCAAAUUCCGAACAAAACAGAGGGAGGAGAGGGACGAUCUCAUAUCGAACCCUAACCCUAACCCUAAAACCGAAUUGCAAGAUGCAGGAGAAGAAGAAGAAGAAGUACGAGUUCGAGUACUGCGUGGUUUGCAAGCUGAAUCACGACCAAGGUCCGAGCCACAAGUACAUACCCAGCCACACCAAGUCCCUCUCCGCCUUCCUCACUCGCUUCCAAGCCAAGCUCUCCGAUGUCCGCUUCUUUCUCAAAAACCCUAUCCCUCUCCGCCCCGAACACGCCUCCCGCAACCGCCUCUGGUGCGUUUUCUGCGACUCCGACAUCGACGAGCUCGAUAGCUCCUUCGCCUGUGGUAAUGCAAUUAAUCACCUUGCGAACGUGGAACAUCUGAAGAAUUUGAAGCAUUUCUUGUGGAAAUACGGUGGAGGAAUGGACCGUGUCGAUACAUUCAGAAUUUCGGAAGAUGAACUUGCUAAGUGGGAGAAGAAGUGUAAUUCAUUGAAGCUUGAAGCUGUGCCAUGUGGUGAAGGAUCUCAAGGACCGACAUUUGGACCAUCGAAUGAUAUCCAUACUGAACUGAAAUACGGAAUUAUAGAUACUUUUGAAAAUAAUAGUAGUUCAAGUUUUUCACAUGGUGUUAUGCCUUUACUAUAUCAUACAAAUGAGUAUCAGGUAUCCCAUUCAGGACUCCCUCAAGUUACAAAUGUUGGCUGCUUUUCGCAAGAUGUUGCUACCUCUUCUUAUCAUGGGGGAUCAAGUUCUGUUAGCAGGAGUAACCAACAUUCUUUGGUUUCUAAUGGUAGAAAAUCCUCGGCUGAUGGUUACUUCAGUAAUGAAAGGAUGAGAGAGGGGUCUCAGCAUGAAAGAAUGACAAACGAGCAGAGCAGUUCUCCAGUUUUUCAGAAUCUCACCCAAAUAUCGUCCAUGGGUCCUAAAGAGGCUAGAGGAAAUGUGCGCACUGGGGCACCUCCUCCUUGGCUUCAAGCAGAUGAAGAAAUUCAGUGUAGUGUUCCACUGAAACGAGUUUCAGGUAGCCUUGUUCCCCCGUCAAAUAAAUCGGGGAAGUCCAAGAAAUUGAACCCAAACCGUGUGGGAGCAGCUUGGGCAGAAAGGAGAAAGAGGGAGAUGGAGAUGGAGAAAAGAGGGGAAAUUGUCAUGAGUGACUGCGAUGCCAGUUGGCUCCCUAAUUUUGGUAGAGUUUGGCAGUCCGGUAGCCGAAAAGAGUCCAGAAAAGAAUUUGAGUUGGAGAAACAAAAAUUACCCAAGGUUGAAAGUCAGUCGGAUAUGCCAAUUAAGAUACAGCCUUACAUCAGCAAACGAAUGAGAACUGAUUCGAGUCAAUAAUUUUGCCAUGAUGGUUAUCCAAGUUGACGAUAGCUCCGAUGACAGACACGGCGGGAGAACCAAUGUGCAUGUUCUCUACUUUUUUCCGCGAGUUUGUGGUGUAGGUCUCGUCAAAUGGAGCUGGCAGUAUGAUGGCAGGCAGGUAGCAAACUGAAAUUCAGCCGGAAUUUGAUUAUUAGGCUACUGUACAAAAUAGAGCUGUAAGUUCAAAUGACUGGCACUCAAAUGUAUCCAACUUGAAUUUUUUCCGAUCAAAUAUAUUCAAUGAAACUUUUGCCUCAGA